UGGGAAUGUCAGGAUGGGAUCUUCACAGAGCUCCCCCCUGGUUAACGGCAUCAAGGCAGCCCUGGGCUGGGACGAGAAAUUAUUCGCCUUCCCCAGCAAAUUCGCCUACCAGCUCGAAGAUGUCCGGCCAUACAACCUCACCAUUCCAGUGAAGCCAGCUGCAGUCACUUAUCCAAAAACUGCGGCUCAAGUUGCAGCAAUUGUGAAGGUUGCUGUAGACGCUGGUUUGAAGGUGCAGCCGCGGUCUGGGGGCCAUAGCUACGCGAACUACUGCAUUGGCGGGGUUGAUGGGGCUGUGGUUAUCGACCUGAGGCACUUCCAGCAUUUUCAAAUGGAUCGGACCACUUGGAGAGCCAAAGUUGGAGGUGGGACCCUCCUCGGAGAUCUCACGAAGCGGAUGCAUGACGCCGGAAACCGAGCAAUGGCUCAUGGGACAUGCCCCCAAGUAGGAAUUGGAGGACACGCCACCAUUGGUGGUCUAGGACCAAGCUCUCGACUUUGGGGUACCGCUCUGGAUCAUGUCGAGGAGGUCGAGGUCGUUCUCGCCGACUCAAGAAUCGUCCGAGCAUCAGAGACGGAAAACCCUGAUAUCUUCUGGGCGGUCAAAGGUGCCGGUGCAAGCUUUGGCAUCGUCACCGAGUUUGUCGUCCGAACUGAGCCUGAACCGGGAGAGUGUGUCAAUUACUCAUAUUCAUUCACCGUCGGCUCAUAUACGACCCUAGCCGCGACUUUCAAAACUUGGCAGAAAUUCGUCUCGGACCCAGAUCUGACGCGGAAGUUUGCAAGUGAGGUCAUAAUUUCGGAACUUGGAAUGAUCAUUUCGGGGACGUUCUUUGGGAGCCAGGCCGAAUUCAACAAGCUGGAAAUGAACAAGAAAUUUCCAGGAUACAAAGACCACCACACCCUUGUAUUCAAAGACUGGCUUGGACUUGCUGCACACUGGGGAGAAACAGUAGCACUUCGGCUUGCCGGUGGGCUUGCUGCACCUCUGGUUUCCAAAUCAUUGACCUUCAACGGCGCCGACCUGAUACCAGACAAGGCCGUCGACAGACUGUUCGCUUACCUCGAUCGAGUAGACAAAGGAACCUUGGUCUGGUUCAUCAUCUUCGACCUGGCCGGUGGAGCCGUGAAUGACGUUGCGCAAGAUGCAACAUCUUAUGCUCAUCGGGAUGCCUUGUUUUACUUGCAGUCGUAUGCCGUUGGCAUUGGUAAAGUCAAGUCCAAGACUAAGAACUUUCUUACCGGCGUCAACACCACAAUCCGCAACGGGAUGCCCGGUGGACAGGACUUCGGUGCGUACCCGGGAUAUGUGGAUCCAACACUAGUAAAUGGACCUCUGUCAUACUGGAGGACGAACCUCCCAAGACUGCAGCAAAUCAAAAGUCUGGUCGACCCCAGAGAUGUCUUUCACAACCCGCAAAGUGUGCCGCUGGCUGGAACGCCAGCUCCCACGUCUGCGCCUAAGAUGGCGAUAGCCCGGGUGAGAGUGAGAAAAGUGCUUGCGAAGUUGUGUUUUUAACGAAGAAUUUGCUGUACUUCAUAGAUUGGGUCUUGCCACACGGAACGAUAUAACGAUUUAACGAUGGUUUGAGAGAUGAGGAAAUAAUAUGAUUGAUGACAAGUUGAACGGAUAUGGACUAGAUUGGUGGCAAUGUAGACCACGCUUAAUGACUUCAGGACGAAAUGAAAACUUAU